GCAGAGCGCGGCUGCUGAGGACACGCCGCACCCGUCCCGUGCCCUCUGGUCGGGGAGGCCCCCGGCCUACCCCCAGUGCCGGCCUCCGGGUGGGCGGACGCCGCCAGUGCCGCAGGUGCAGCUCUGAGACAGCCCGCCGCAGCUCUGAGGGAGAUACUGUUGUUAACUUCAUUCUACAGACUGAUUGCCCUUUUUCCAUGAGCAAGUGACAGCAAGGAUUUGAAAGAGGCCAAAGAGGGUCUUAACCUUCGUAUUCUAAGCAAAGACGCUGGGGUGAGAAACGAUGCAGGACAAAAGAAAGGACUACAGAAAAACUUAAUGCUUCUGGAGCAGCAGGUUCCGUACAGAGGUGGACCUGAUCGUGGGCUGGGGCCUGGGGACCAGAACAUCCAGAAGGGUGACAGGGGCCCUUGGACAUGGAGGUGGUGGAUGAAAGCAGAAUGAGCUGUGCAGUCAAGAUGGAAAGGCCGGAUUGGCAGGACAGAAGAUAAAGCCGGAUGUCCACUCAAGAGAGAAGCUUAACAGAAGACUUGCUCAAAGCUGGGACUCUGGAGGCUACAUGCUCAAUAUAAAGAGCUAAAACUGCUGAAAACCAAAGCCGUAACCUCAUCCUGUGAGCUGCUAACUUACAGUGCACUUUGAACCCCAGCCUGGAAAGGAAGUUAAAGUGGGAGCACUUAACUGGGACACAGAGGCGCAAGAGCCCCUGGCUCCAAGGAUCCAAACAGACCAGAUGCAGAUCGGUGAAACCAGAAGUGCAUCUGGAGCAACUGAGAAGCUAUUCUAGGCCCUCGGCCCAGCAUCCUGGCAGCAGUUUGAUCUGAAGAUGGCACUCAGGGCCCUGUGGGGCAGCCUCAGCUUGCUGCGUCUGCUGUGGUGUCUCCUUCCGCAGACGGGCUAUGUGCACCCAGAUGAGUUCUUCCAGUCCCCCGAGGUCAUGGCAGAGGACAUCCUGGGUGUAGAAGCUGCACGGCCGUGGGAGUUCCACCCCGCCAGCUCCUGCCGCACGGUGGUCUUCCCACUGCUGACCUCCGGCUCUGCCUUCUGGCUGCUCAGGCUCUGGGAACAGUGGGGGCCAUGGCGGGGCCCAGUGAGUGGCUACGUGCUGCUGGUGGGACCCCGGCUCCUCCUCACUGCCCUCUCCUUUGCCCUGGACGUGGCCGUGUACCACCUGGCCCCGUUGUGGGGAGCAGAGCGCUGGAACGCCUUGGUUCUGCUGUCUGGUUCCUACGUCACCCUGGUCUUCUACACAAGGACCUUCUCCAACGCCAUCGAGGGACUGCUCUUUGCCGGGCUGCUGGUGCUCGUUUCCCCCCGGUUAGCUUGGAGCUCCACACCCAAGAAGCCUGCUCCGGGCCCGUGGUGGCACAGCUGGCUUCUUGGAGGUGUCGUGGCUGCUGGCUUCUUCAACCGGCCCACAUUUCUGGCCUUUGCUCUGGUCCCGCUCUUCCUCUGGAGCAUCUGUGGAGCCGCAAACCCUGGCUUCAGGUCACUGAUGAAGGAAGCCCUGGAGCUGCUCCCAGGGGCGACCCUCGUGGCAGCGGUGUUUGUGGCUGUGGACAGCUGGUAUUUCUCCAGUCCAUCUAGAUCCAGCACCCUUGUUCUUACACCUGCCAACUUCUUGUACUACAACCUGAAUCCUCAAAACCUGGCGAGGCAUGGCACGCACGUGCGGCUGACCCACCUGGCCGUCAACGGCUUCCUGCUCUUUGGGAUGCUGCACGCCCAGGCCCUCAAAGCUGCGUGGCAACAGCUGCAAGCCUGCCUCUGGACCUUUGCACGAACGGGCUUCCCGAGGGCCCUGGGGGGCUGGAGCCUGCUGCCCAGCCCCAGGUCUCGCCUCCUGCUCCUCUACUUCACGCCUCUGGCCCUGCUGUCUGCCUUUAGCCACCAGGAGGCUAGAUUCCUGAUUCCCCUCCUGAUCCCCCUAGUCCUACUUUGUAGUUCACCGACCCAAUCUGUGCCCUGCAAGGGCACCCUGGUCCUCUUCAACAGCCUGGGUGCCCUCUUCUUUGGCUGCUUGCACCAGGGGGGCCUGGUGCCUGGCCUGGAGCACCUGGAGCGGGUGGUUCACGCCCCCGUGCUCCCAGGCAAGCCUACCCACUACACGCUCCUCUUCACCCACACCUACAUGCCCCCCCGGCACCUCCUGCACCUCCCGGGCCUGGGCUCGCCGGUGGAGGUGGUGGACAUGGGUGGGACUGAGGACUGGGUCCUGUGCCGAGCCCUGAACAACUUCACCAGACAGCCAGCCUGCCAGGUGGCCGGUGGGCCAUGGCUCUGCCGCCUUUUUGUGGUGACUCCUGGCACCACGAGGCCCACCAUGGAGAAGUGCCAUUUCCCGCUCAAGAGUGAGAUGCUCCUGUUUCCACACUUGACCCUGGAAGACCCGCCAGCCCUGUCCUCUCUGUGGAGUGGGGCUUGGAGGGACCAUCUCAGCCUUCACAUCUUGGAACUGGGGGAAAAGCCUGACAAUGUGACAGAAAAGCCACUGCCUAAGAUUCAGCCAUAGGUGAAGGCACCAUUCCACCUUCUAUGUGGGUAGCAGGGCUGGGACUGAGCCCAGAAUCCUCUCCUUUCCCUUCCAAAAUUCCCAACACUGCCUCUCCUGUGCAUAGGCUUUGGCUGCUCUAACUGCCUCUUAAAGACCAAAAAUCUGACCGGUCACAAUCCUGACGCCAAGGUCCCCAAAGAACCUUGUGUAAACAAUGGCACCUAAUGUC